AUGGCCGCUACUGAGAAACGUCCAGAGAUCAUCGAGCUUGCUCGGGGACUUGCGCGGGUGCCUAUGUGCGAGGACUAUGAGCGAAUGAUAUCUGGAAUGAUGUACAAUCCCACCAUCCCAAAACUCCAAGAGGCGCGGCAUGUGUGCCGGGGACUUGCUGCCGACUACAACAGCCUGGACGCCAAGACAGUGUCCUAUGACAAGAUCGGCGACAAGCGCCUUGAAUUAUUGCGGAAACUCGUCGGCAAAGUUGGAGAUGGGACAUUCAUCGAGCCACCUUUUUUACCAGACUACGGAUGCAAUACUAUGAUUGGAAAGGACUGCUUCUUUAACUGGAACGUUACCAUACUUGACACCAGCCUAGUUGUCAUCGGCGACCGCGUACAGAUUGGGACUGGUGUUAGUAUUAUCACGGCUGGUCAUGAUACCAGCAUCCUGUCUCGCCGCAAGUUCGUUGAGUUCGGCCAUCCAAUCUUUAUCGAAGACGACUGCUGGAUUGGAAGUAAUGUGAUUAUUCUGCCCGGUGUUCGGAUCGGCCAGGGCUCGACGAUUGGAGCUGGAUCUGUUGUCACUAAGGAUAUCCCGCCGUUUUCUGUCGCUGUUGGCACUCCUUGUCGCGUGAAGAAGACAAUUCCAUCGGCGGAAGAAGAGGAGCAGGAUCCUGAUAAUCCGUACCGCAAUUUGGUUCGUGAGGAUCGAUAG